AUACGCGGCGCCGGCGAGUGCGUCGAGCUCGCCGCGGACUCAAGAUGGCGGCGUGUGGACGUGUACGGAGGAUGUUCCGCUUGGCGGCGGCCCUGCAUCUGCUGCUGCUAGCUGCGGCCGGGGCCGAGAAACUCCCCGGCCAGGGCGUCCACAGCCAGGGCCAGGGUCUCGGGGCCAACUUUGUGCCCUUCGUAGGGCAGGCCGGAGGCGGCGGCCCGGCGGGUCAGCAGCUGCCCCAGCUGCCUCAGUCAUCGCAGCUCCAGCAGCAACAGCAGCAGCAACCGCAGCAGCAGCAGCAACAGCAACAGCAGCCUCAGCCGCCGCAGCCGCCUUUCCCGGCGGGUGGGCCUCCGGCCCGGCGGGGAGGGGCGGGGGCUGGUGGGGGCUGGAAGCUGGCGGAGGAAGAGUCCUGCAGGGAGGACGUGACUCGCGUGUGCCCCAAGCACACCUGGAGCAACAACCUGGCGGUGCUCGAGUGCCUGCAGGAUGUGAGGGAGCCUGAAAAUGAAAUUUCUUCAGACUGCAAUCAUUUGUUGUGGAAUUAUAAGCUGAACCUAACUACAGAUCCCAAAUUUGAAUCUGUGGCCAGAGAGGUUUGCAAAUCUACUAUAACAGAGAUUAAAGAAUGUGCUGAUGAACCAGUUGGAAAAGGUUACAUGGUUUCCUGCUUGGUGGAUCACCGAGGCAACAUCACUGAGUAUCAGUGUCACCAAUACAUUACCAAGAUGACGGCCAUCAUUUUUAGUGAUUACCGUUUAAUCUGUGGCUUCAUGGAUGACUGCAAAAAUGACAUCAACAUUCUGAAAUGUGGCAGUAUUCGGCUUGGAGAAAAGGAUGCACAUUCACAAGGUGAGGUGGUAUCAUGCUUGGAGAAAGGCCUGGUGAAAGAAGCAGAAGAAAGAGAACCCAAGAUUCAAGUUUCUGAACUCUGCAAGAAAGCCAUUCUCCGGGUGGCUGAGCUGUCAUCGGAUGACUUUCACUUAGACCGGCAUUUAUAUUUUGCUUGCCGAGAUGAUCGGGAGCGUUUUUGUGAAAAUACACAAGCUGGUGAAGGCAGAGUGUAUAAGUGCCUCUUUAACCAUAAAUUUGAAGAAUCCAUGAGUGAAAAGUGUCGAGAAGCACUCACAACCCGCCAAAAGCUGAUUGCCCAGGAUUAUAAAGUCAGUUAUUCAUUGGCCAAAUCCUGUAAAAGUGACUUGAAGAAAUACCGGUGCAAUGUGGAAAACCUUCCGCGAUCGCGUGAAGCCAGGCUCUCCUACCUGCUAAUGUGCCUGGAGUCAGCUGUACACAGAGGGCGACAAGUGAGCAGUGAGUGCCAGGGGGAGAUGUUGGAUUACCGACGCAUGUUGAUGGAAGACUUUUCUCUGAGCCCUGAGAUCAUCCUAAGCUGUCGGGGGGAGAUUGAACACCAUUGUUCCGGAUUACAUCGAAAAGGGCGGACCCUACACUGUCUGAUGAAAGUAGUUCGAGGGGAGAAGGGGAACCUUGGAAUGAACUGCCAGCAGGCGCUUCAAACACUGAUUCAGGAGACUGACCCUGGUGCAGAUUACCGCAUUGAUCGAGCUUUGAAUGAAGCUUGUGAAUCUGUAAUCCAGACAGCCUGCAAACACAUAAGAUCUGGAGACCCAAUGAUCUUGUCGUGCCUGAUGGAACAUUUAUACACAGAGAAGAUGGUAGAAGACUGUGAACACCGUCUCUUAGAGCUGCAGUAUUUCAUCUCCCGGGAUUGGAAGCUGGACCCUGUACUAUACCGCAAGUGCCAGGGAGACGCUUCUCGUCUUUGCCACACCCACGGUUGGAAUGAGACCAGUGAAUUUAUGCCUCAGGGAGCUGUGUUCUCUUGUUUAUACAGACACGCCUACCGCACUGAGGAACAGGGAAGGAGGCUCUCACGGGAGUGCCGAGCUGAAGUCCAAAGGAUCCUACACCAGCGUGCCAUGGACGUCAAGCUGGAUCCUGCCCUCCAGGAUAAGUGCCUGAUUGAUCUGGGAAAAUGGUGCAGUGAGAAAACAGAGACUGGACAGGAGCUGGAGUGCCUCCAGGACCAUCUGGAUGACUUGGUGGUGGAAUGUAGAGAUAUAGUUGGCAACCUCACUGAGUUAGAAUCAGAGGAUAUUCAAAUAGAAGCCUUGCUGAUGAGAGCCUGUGAGCCCAUAAUUCAGAACUUUUGCCACGAUGUGGCAGAUAACCAGAUAGACUCUGGGGACCUGAUGGAGUGUCUGAUACAGAACAAACACCAGAAGGACAUGAAUGAGAAGUGUGCCAUCGGAGUCACCCACUUCCAACUGGUGCAGAUGAAGGAUUUUCGGUUUUCUUACAAGUUUAAAAUGGCCUGCAAGGAGGACGUGUUGAAGCUUUGCCCAAACAUAAAAAAGAAGGUGGACGUGGUGAUCUGCCUGAGCACGACUGUGCGCAACGACACUCUGCAGGAAGCCAAGGAGCACAGGGUGUCCCUGAAGUGCCGCAGGCAGCUCCGCGUGGAGGAGCUGGAGAUGACGGAGGACAUCCGCCUGGAGCCAGAUCUAUAUGAAGCCUGCAAAAGUGACAUCAAAAACUACUGUUCCACUGUGCAAUAUGGCAACGCUCAGAUUAUUGAAUGUCUGAAAGAAAACAAGAAGCAGCUAAGUACCCGCUGCCACCAGAAAGUAUUUAAGCUGCAGGAGACAGAGAUGAUGGACCCAGAGCUAGACUACACCCUCAUGAGGGUCUGCAAGCAGAUGAUAAAGAGGUUCUGUCCAGAAGCAGAUUCUAAAACCAUGUUGCAGUGCUUGAAGCAAAAUAAAAACAGUGAAUUGAUGGAUCCCAAAUGCAAACAGAUGAUAACCAAGCGCCAGAUCACCCAGAACACAGAUUACCGCUUAAACCCCAUGCUAAGAAAAGCCUGUAAAGCUGACAUUCCUAAAUUCUGUCACGGUAUCCUGACUAAGGCCAAGGAUGAUUCAGAAUUAGAAGGACAAGUCAUCUCUUGCCUCAAGCUGAGAUAUGCUGACCAGCGCCUGUCUUCAGACUGCGAAGACCAGAUCCGAAUCAUUAUCCAGGAGUCCGCCCUGGACUACCGCCUGGAUCCUCAGCUCCAGCUGCACUGCUCAGACGAGAUCUCCAGUCUAUGUGCUGAAGAAGCAGCAGCCCAAGAGCAGACAGGUCAGGUGGAGGAGUGCCUCAAGGUCAACUUGCUCAAGAUCAAAACAGAAUUAUGUAAAAAGGAAGUGUUAAACAUGCUGAAGGAAAGCAAAGCAGACAUCUUUGUUGACCCGGUACUUCAUACUGCUUGUGCCCUGGACAUUAAACACCACUGUGCAGCCAUCACCCCUGGCCGCGGGCGUCAAAUGUCCUGUCUCAUGGAAGCACUGGAGGAUAAGCGGGUGAGGUUACAGCCCGAGUGCAAAAAGCGCCUCAAUGACCGGAUUGAGAUGUGGAGUUACGCAGCAAAGGUGGCCCCAGCAGAUGGCUUCUCUGAUCUUGCCAUGCAAGUAAUGACAUCUCCAUCUAAGAACUACAUUCUCUCUGUGAUCAGUGGGAGCAUCUGUAUAUUAUUCCUGAUUGGCCUGAUGUGUGGACGGAUCACCAAGCGAGUGACACGAGAGCUCAAGGACAGGCUACAAUACAGGUCAGAGACAAUGGCUUAUAAAGGUUUAGUGUGGUCUCAGGAUGUGACAGGCAGUCCAGCCUGACCUUUCUGCACACUCCAGACAAACUUCCCAGACAAGCUCCUUUGUGCCUCUACGUGGAGAGGGUGUGGAAAGUUAUCACAUUAAAAGAUGGAGGAUUUGC